GUUCUAUUUCAUCUUCGACGACGACGAGUGGCAGUGGCCUCAGUUCAUCUUCAUCUUCAUCAAUGGAGCCUUCGCUAUCUGCUUCUUCUCCUGGUGACGAGCAUGCUGAUCCUGGUUUUGAAACUGCUCUGCACCAAGCUGCAAGGUGGGACUCGCCCUUCGCUGGGUUGCUGGUUGAGGCCCUCUUGACGCAUACGAACGUGCUUACAACCGACGUGUUUGCUCCUGACAUAUUCGGGCCUAGUCGUG